AGUCGUUUUCCCCCUCUCCUCAAACCACCAAAACCCCAUUCCCUCGCAAUCCCUAGCCAUGGAGCCGCCGCCGGAGGCUUCCGCCCCUCGCCGGCUUGCCGUCGCCGACAUCCUCCGCAUCCGUCGUCCCACCACCGGCGCAUCCUCCCUCGUUUCUUCCUCUCCCUCCUCCGCCACCUCCACUUCACCGCCCCGCAAGAAGCCUAAGCACCCCGCCCCGAGUCCUGCCCACAGUACUGCUCCCUUCGCGCCCAUCCCCCAGCCCGUACUCCUCGCUGGCAUGCUCUCCCUCUCCUCCGCCUCCUCGCCCGCCGCCUGCCGCAACCACUGCCUAUCCCUCUCCGACCCCUCCUCCGCCGCCUCUGUCUGCUGCUACCUCCUCGAUUUCGACCCCGCCGCCAUUGGCCGCGAGAUCCGCGUCCUCGCCUGGAACUUCCUACCUUCCAUCGAUGCCCACGGCGCCGGCGUGCUCGAGGUGGUCCGAUGGUGCCUAGCGGAGGCGCCCGAGCUGGUUCCCCAUCCUAGCUUCUUGACGACGAUUCCGCUCAAUUGCGUAGACGCGGAGCCUGAUUUGGCCACCCGCGGCCGUGUUUUUGGGGUGGUGAUGUCAGUGAGCGUGAUGUUCAAUGUGCAGAAGAGUAAGGCUGAUGGGGGUGGCGACUCGGUCGGGUUUAUAGUGGAGAUGAUGUGCUGUGGUUGCCGCCAAUGCAGGGCAUCACAUCCGGAGCGUGACCAGGAUCACAAGUUUGAGGUGGAGAAGUUUGUAUACUUUGUGGAUUCGGCAAGCAGGUGGCGACCGGUACUGGCACGUCUGAUUGCAAGGCUGGUGUCUGUCACGGGAUUGAAGAAAAAAAUGGUUUCUGUUGGGAAGAAGGGCUCGUACACCAUGUUGGUAUCAUCUACAAAAACAUUGGUGGCAUGGUGCCCAUCCUAUGUGGGAGUUCCACCAUCGGAUCAGUUGCCAGGGAAGUGCGGUGGACUGUACAGUGGUGUUGUCUCUGGAAUUUACAUGCAGGGCAUGUUGGUUGAGCUGGAUGAGAUCGCGUGGCUGCUAAUUGAUGAUAAGCAGCUUCUGCCGUCACAUUCUCUUCGAGUUGGCGCUGUUAUUUCUGUGAGGAACUUUCAAGCGGUUCGUCAAAAUUUUGCUUGGACUUCAGUUGUUCUGCUUGGGACAUGCAGUAAAACUAGCAUAACUAUGAAUUCUUUCUCUCUGGUGGACUCGAAAUGUCAUCUAAGGACAGAAAGCAGGGAUCUGUUGGUAAAGUCUGUUGAGUCUUUGGAGCUGUCCGAUAGAUUUUGGUAUGAAUUUAUCAUAGCUCUACUUCUCCGAUAUAUCUUUAAUACGAUUGACAAGAUAUAUUUUUUAUCAUCCCAUGAUAUGCUCAUUUCCUGUUCAUCAUAUUCCAGGAUGUUACUUCUGACAUCAUGCUUUAAACAGAAAUUCACCAAGUUAUUUUCCAAGGAAGAGAUUUCAGGCUUAAAAAAUAUGCAAGGAUUGGUUCACACCUAUGCUACUAAAGUUCUCUCUUCAAAGGGCUCUAAAUCUCAGCAUGAUUUCUUCAUGAAAUUCUGCAAUCAUAAUUGUGGCAGUUCAUGCACUGGAUCAAACUUGGAAGCUUGUAAAUUGGUAAUACCCUUCGCCAAUUUUAUCUGCAAGGGUGAAUCAUUGUGGAUAUCAACAAUGCUUAAAUUUUGGAAUAGUAUUGAAAAAGUGAGCAAGCACCAGGGACUUAAACACUUUCUCUGUGAUGGGGUUUCCUCUCCUAGCACCACCAAAAGGAUGAUUUCAAGUGGUGAUCUUGGUCUUGUGCUAGUGGGAAGCAUCAAGAUGUCUUCAAUACCAGGGAGGCUGCAGUUGGUUGAUGACACAGGUUGUAUAGAUCUUGUUAUACCUGACAUUCCGCCAAAUGUUUGCAUGGAUGGAAUCUAUGAGAUAAACGAUUGCAAAUUAGCCCUCGAGGGCCCAGUGGCUUACCUAGAUCAUUUUGGUGUUGCUGAUCCACUAUCUUGUAAGGCUGUGCUUGAGAAGCUCUCAUACCGGAAAAGCGUGCAUCAUCUCAAGAUCUAUGGUAUAGUCCACUGGAGUGAGUUGAACCUCAUUGGCCCUUCCUCACAUAUUCCUUUGCAAACUAUUAAGUGUGCCAGGCUGUUUCACCUGCUGAAAUUGUCGCACAUUUUUCCAGCAAUCAGUGAUAUUCAGCAUCACACCAUGCCAGGGCCUAGCCUAUAUGCUGAGGCUGUGAUAGUGCCGUACAAUUUAAAGUUUACUGGGCGAGCUGAUUGCAUUGAGCAUCCUGAGAGCUUUAAAGUGUCAAGCACUAGCUCACUUUAUAAUUCCAAAGUAUCUAUGGAGAAACCAUGUCAUAUCCCAUGUUCCCUAAGCUUCAGAACCACCAAUCUUUCUGGUACUCUAGUCUCUAGCUAUUGUUGUGGACCAGAUGGUACUGUUCUAAUUGAUACUAGUACUACUGGUGGAGAACAAGGUCACACUUCAAGAAUUUUAUUAGAGUUCAAGGAGGGAUGCUUUCUUAAGUAUCAGUUACUGCGGAUUGGUGGCUACUACCUUCUCGAAUGUCCUAGUAACAACCACAGUUUUGCCGUGAAAGAUUGUGGAUGUUUUCAAGGUGGUAAAAUUUCACUACAUUCUCAAGACAAUCUUUGGAGCCUGUCCAUUACCUUUAAUGGUAAUAUAAACAUGAAGCAGGGUAUUGUAGACCAGUCUAUUGGAAUUUCUUCAGCAGAGGUGGAUGAGCCAUUUUCCAGAAAUACCAUCCAUAACGAGAUAAAAUUAGUGAAGUCUUGGACUGACUUUCGUCAAUGUUCAGAUUUUCAUUUGCAAUUUUAUUGUGAAGCAGUGAGGGAAAAGAUGGAAGAAUAUGACACCAUAUGUUAUGUAUUGAAUGAGCUGUGUUCUUACUCAAAUGAAGUUAUGACUGUCUCUUCAUGCAUCGAGAUUAUGAUGCACAAAAAGCCUUUUAGUUCUUCUAACUUGGAAAAUGAAAAGCUUGUUCAAGGAGAUCUGAUAUCAUUACAUGGCAAAGUAGAAAAUAUCCAUUCACUUGACUGUAAGGAGGGAAGGCGUGUGCCUGGUUUUGAGAAGUGCAGUAUUUGUAUCCACGUUGCUGAUCAUAAUCAAACGGUGCGACUCCGUGGAUACUUAAGCAAAAAUUGUUAUCCUGUUGGCCUAGGACCAGGGGCAGUGGUGACAUUCCACCGCGUCCUUUUGACACAGCAUGAACUAUUGUUAACCCAAGUAACAUACAUUGAAGUUACAUCCAUCAACCAUACUGAUCUUAAUAGAGAACAUGCUACUCCACUCAUGCCCGAUGGCUUAAAGGAUGGUUCAUUGACGACAAUUUCACCAUGUGUCAUCUUACAUCAGAAGCAUUUUACAGACAGUGGGCCCAUCCAAUUUCAGUGCAGGGUAGUUACCAUCCAUUUGUUGGUGUUGGACAGUCGUUUAAAUGACUUUCCAGCUUCAGAAUCAAUUAACCAGAGUAAAAUACUAAAAGUAAAAGUUCCAGUAGCUGGGUUUGUUGUUGAUGAUGGAUCGUCUUUGUGCUGUUGCUGGGCUGAUGAUGCAAGGGCUGAACUUUUGCUUAGGCUGCAGGAAGUCGCCGUUCUGGAUUUUUCUGUUAAUUUGAAAUCUACAAAAGAUAAAAGCAAUUCAAAAUUACAACAGACUGUCGGUUCUUGCCUAGAGCAAAUUUUGAAGAAGCAAAAGAAAGUCACUGUAAAAAACUAUGGAAUUCCUCCCGACAUCUCUUGCCGGGACUUGGAAUUGUCAUCUGGUAUCGGUAAUGUCUUGAGUAGCCUGGAAGAGAAGCUUUUGAAAUUUAUCAUCCUCAAUGCUUGUUGGAAGGGAACUCUGAAUGUCAUUGCCUCAGUGUUCAAUCCAAAUGCUCUAGACAGAUCAAAUGCAGACCUUCCUGUCGUAUAUCCAGUACAGAACAUGCAGAAUUUUUGGGUUACUGAAGUAUUUCAAGUAGAUCCUUUGGAAGAGGCUCGGAGACUGUAUUGCAGACUGGACAGCAGAUAACGUUUGGACCCAUGAAUUAUUAGGUACUCUGGUUUCUCAUCCUCUUUCGAUGGAAGAUUCCUGAUAAUUUUGUGAAGAGUGCGGGUACCCAGUCAGUUCCGCUAUAUCAGGGCGCUAACUUCCAGGUUUGCUGAUGUGGGUUCUGGGCUGCAUAAGUUGAGCUGCGAGUAUGCAGCGAGAGCCGUGCGGUCUUGCAGGGGAUAGAUGUUUCUCUUUGGUAAGAGGGUGGGCGAAGUAAAGCUGAUUCCAAUCUCCAGGCUUGUGCAUACGUGACUAGUUUGUGGUUGCAAUGUCAUAUGAUGAGAGCCCAUGGGGAGGGUUUGUUUUUGCUGGUAUGAAUGGGUCUUGUAUAGUGUAUCAGACUAUCAGUUGCCAAAUUAUGUUGGCAUAGGAACUGUUGUAUAGUUUUUCUUCAAUUCUUAUGCCCACGGGCACGGUGAUUUCUAAGGAACUGGUUUAGCUAUGUAAUUAGAGGCUUCUGUAUUGCCUUUUUCUUGGUUUUCGCCCAA